UGCUGAACUCCCCGCCACGAGCGCGUCACUCGUGCGUGCGCAACGGCGACUGAGCUUGGGAUACCGCCAAUGCCUCCCCCACGAUAGCCAUGGCCGUCUUUUCAAAACCCAUCUCCUCGCAUCGCCUGAGCAAGGACUCUGCCAAGGCCAUCGUAGCGGACCUCACACGCCUCUACCUGCAGCACCGCACCAGCAUAUCGCGCGCCGUCUACCUCACCUUGUUCGUCGCCCUGAUAAACCGCAUCCGCAAUGCCAUUGCCGAGCAGAAAGCUGCUGCGCUCCGGCGGGCCUCCUCCAAGGCUUCAUCCAACAAGACGACCGGGGGCGAAGGCGAGGCCACCGGCAGGAAGAAAGUCGAGCUGAACCGCGACUUCUUUAAGAAUCUGCUGCGGCUGCUGAGGAUAUGUAUUCCCGGGUGGAAGAGCAAGGAGUUCAGGCUCGUGAUCGGGCAUAGUGUGUUUUUGGUGCUGCGCACGAUGAUCAGUUUGUAUGUGGCCGAGUUGGAUGGUCGACUCGUGAGUGCGCUUGUGAGAGGAAAAGGGAGGGAGUUCCUGAUGGGCUUGGUGUGGUGGAUGGGCGUUGCUAUACCGGCGACUUUUACGAACAGCAUGCUGUCAUACCAUCAGUGCAAGCUCUCGCUUCAGUAUCGAACCCGCCUCACAAACUAUAUCCAUUCAAAGUACCUUUCGCAAAUGACGUUUUAUACGCUCAGCGCCCUCGACGACCGCAUCGCAAAUGCCGAUCAGCUCAUCACCGUCGAUGUAGCCAAGUUCUCGAAUUCCCUCGCAGAGCUGUACUCGAACCUUGCGAAACCCGUACUCGAUAUCAUAAUCUACAACUACUCGCUGUCACGGAGCGUGGGUGGCGAAGGCCUGUUCUUCAUGUCGCUGUUGGUGCAGAUAUCCGCAAAUGUCAUGAGGGCACUGACUCCGCCGUUUGGUAAGUAUGUGGCGGACGAGGCAAGAUUAGAGGGAGAGUUUAGGUUUCAGCAUUCGAGGCUCAUUGACUGGAGCGAAGAGGUGGCGCUCUAUGCUGGCCAUGAGGCUGAGAAGGACACGCUUGACAAGGGGUACUUUACACUGAUCAAGCACGUCAAUAGGAUACUGAGACGCAGGUUCUACCAUGAAAUCAUGGAGGACUUUGUCAUCAAGUACUUUUGGGGUGCUUUGGGCCUGCUGCUGUGCAGUGUGCCUGUUUUCUUUAAGGUGCCUGGAACAGGCGGGAUGAGUAUGGGGGACCGCACCGAGAACUUCGUGACGAAUCGCCGCAUGCUUCUCAUGUCUAGUGAUGCUUUCGGUCGCGUCAUGUUUUCCUACAAAGAAAUCACCGAACUGGCAGGUUACACCUCGCGCGUCUCGACACUGCUCGAUGUCAUCGACGACAUUCAGGCCGGCCACUUUGAAAAGAAGCUCGUUUCCUCGGCCGACACUGAGGAAAAUGCUGCAGUCCUGCGUGGCCGUGGCACUGUAACCGAGGGCGAGGACAUUGAGUUCGUCGACGUACCGAUCGUCUCUCCCAACGGCGAUGUUCUAGUGCGUAAACUAUCCUUCCACGUGAGACCCGGAGACCAUCUCCUCAUUGUUGGACCCAACGGCUGCGGCAAGAGUAGUUUGUUCCGUAUCCUAGGUGGACUAUGGCCUGUCUACGGAGGCAAGGUUCGGAAACCGCCGUUUGAAGACAUCUUCUACAUUCCACAACGACCGUAUCUAUCCCGCGGCACCCUCCGCCAGCAAAUCAUCUACCCGGACUCCCUGCACGACAUGCACUCCAAAUCCAUUACCGACAAUGAUCUCCUCAGCGUCCUCGCCACGCUCAACCUUGAAUCCCUGGUCGACCGCCCCGGCGGCUUUGACGCAGAGGCUCAGUGGGAAGACGUGCUUUCUGGCGGCUUGCAGCAGCGCGUCGCCAUGGCUAGGUUGUUCUACCACAAACCGCGGUACGCGAUAUUGGACGAGUGCACGAGUAGUGUGACGCUCGAGGUGGAAAGAAUCAUGUAUGAGGAAGCAAAGAAACUGGGUAUCACGCUCAUGACUGUGUCGCAUAGACGCAGUCUGUGGAAGUAUCAUUGCCGCAUUCUGCAAUUUGAUGGCCAGGGAGGCUUUUACUUUGGUGGCUUGGAUGCUGAGAGGAGAGCGGUGCUUGAAGAUGAGAAGGAAGAUAUCGAUCUGCAGCUUAGGGCUGUCCCGGAUAUCGAGCAGAGGAUCAAGGAGCUGGAGGCUUCGUGAUUGAGUUGGUAGACUUGAUGUGUUGGCGAUGCGGGUAGUGGUGGGGGGGUCAAUGAUUGUUAUGUGAUUGAAUACGGGGGGCCGGAUGUAUACAAAUGUAAACAUAGAAGACAUUUACAUAUCAUGUUGCCGGAAUACAGUAGGCUAUGUCCAC